UCUUCAACAAACCGAGCACGCUCCCAUUUUCCCACAACCGUUUAAACCCCAUUUUCCCACCACAACACCCAUGAACUCCACCACAAUUUCUCCACUCCUCCUCCUCUUCUCUUCUCCAACAAUCAAAUCCAAUCAAAAUCAACAAACCCACUAACCAAGAAAAUUUAUCAAUUCACGCGAUGAAUUCAAGAAACCUCCUUGGUUCCUUGAUCAGUUUCUUGAUCCUCUGCAAUAGCAACGCAUCGCAGAAUGUGAAUCUGGAAUUCCCUUACUUCACCAUCCGCAACCUCAGCCUCCUCGGCGACUCCUACAUCCGGAACGGCGUCGUCGGGCUGACCCGCGAGCUCCAGGUCCCCUCCUCCAGCUCCGGCUCCGUCAUCUUCAACGACCCCAUCGCCCUCUUCGACCCCCAAACCAACGUCACCGCCUCCUUCUCCACCCGCUUCUCCUUCUCCAUCCACAACCUCAAUCCGGCGUCGUUUGGUGACGGCCUCACCUUCUUCCUCUCCCCCAACAGCCAGACCUCCGGCAGCCCCGGCGGCUACCUCGGCCUCGUCAACUCCUCCCAGCUCACCAAGAACCGCUUCGUCGCCCUCGAAUUCGACACCAAGCUCGACCUCCACUUCGACGAUCCCGACGACAACCACGUCGGAUUAGACGUCGACAGCUUGAUCUCAAUUGAGACCGCCAAUCCCUUGACGUGGGCAAUUGAUUUGAAGAGCGGCAACGUCAUCACCUCCUGGAUCGAUUACACCAGCCUCGCCAAGAAAUUGGAGGUUUUCUUGAGCUACUCCAGCUUCAAGCCGCAGCAGCCGUUGCUCAGCAUCGACAUUGAUCUCUCCCACUAUCUAAAAGAGCUCAUGUUUGUCGGAUUCUCCGCCUCCACCGAGGGCAGCACGGAGCUCCACUUCAUCGAGAGCUGGAGCUUUCAAACCACUGGUUUUCGCAAUUCCAAGCCAAGAUUCAACCCUCACAACGUCUCCGACAGCACUGUGCCGUUAAAUUCUCCGUUGCCGGUCUCAGAUUCUGGGCGUAGGAGUCACAAGAGGGUUGGACUAGCUCUUGGCAUUGGCUGCCCCGCCUUCUUCUCAGCAAUUCUUGGAGUUUUCGUGUGGUUUUCUGUCGCGAAAUGGAGGCGUUUCAAAGCAGAGAAUGACUUAAAACCAGAGGUGAUGGGGCCAAGACAGUUUGGCUACAAAGAGCUGAAAUCAGCAACCAGAGGGUUUCACCAGAGCAGGAUUCUUGGCCUUGGCGCGUUCGGCACUGUGUAUAAGGCCUACUUUGUUGAAAGCGGGGCAGUGUCUGCUGUCAAGAGGUCGAAGCACUCACACGAAGGUAAAAGCGAGUUCCUAUCUGAGUUAUCGAUCAUAGCAUGUUUGAGGCACAAGAAUCUGGUGCAGCUCCAAGGCUGGUGUGUGGAAAAGGGUGAAUUGCUGCUUGUGUAUGAGUUCAUGCCUAAUGGGAGUUUGGACAAUGUGUUGUACCAAGAUGUCAAGAAUGGGACUGUCUUGAAAUGGCAGUAUAGGUACAAGAUUGCUGUGGGGCUGGCUUCUGUGCUCACCUAUUUGCAUCAAGAAUGUGAGCAGCAGGUGAUCCAUAGAGACGUGAAGACAAGCAACAUAAUGCUGGACGCCAACUACAACGCUAGGUUGGGGGAUUUCGGGCUAGCUAGGCUGAUGGAUCAUGACAAGAGCCCUGUGUCGACUCUCACGGCUGGGACCAUGGGGUAUCUGGCUCCUGAGUAUCUUCAGUACGGGAAGGCGACUGAGAAGACCGAUGUGUACAGCUUUGGGGUGGUGAUACUCGAACUGGCCUGUGGGAGGAGGCCGAUUGAGAGGGAGGAGGAAGGGCAGAGGAUGGUGAACUUGGUGGAUUGGGUGUGGAAGCUGUAUAGGGAAGGGAGGAUCACUGCAGCUGCAGACGGGAGGAUGAACGGGGAGUUUGAAGAGGCGGAGGUGAGGAAGCUGCUGCUGGUGGGGCUGAGCUGCGCGAAUCCGGAUGGGGCGGAAAGGCCUUCUAUGAGGAGGGUGCUGCAGAUUCUCAACAAUGAGGCUGACCCUGUGAAUGUGCCUAAGACCAAGCCCAGCCUCAGUUUCUCCAACAGUAUUCCGUUGAGUAUUGAUGAGAUUGUGUCUGAUUGUGGUUCGCCUGGCUCUUCUCAUGUUGAGAUCAUAGUUGAUUGAGUUUUUUCUUGUUUUGGGAUUUCUUUUAUUUCUUCUUCAUUUUUUGGGUCCUUGUGUUUUUUGUGCAUAUAUAGGGGGUUUUGAUAGAGUUUUGCAACUCAUUAGACAAAAUGAAUAGUAGUAUUGAGUUUGCAACUCAUAUAUGUAGUUCAUUGUUUGCUUUUAGAUUUGUUAGAUUUGAUUGAACAAAUGACCAUUCUACUCUGAA